AUUAGCGUUAAUGUACAUGUUUGUUUUUUGUAAUCUAUGGAUGCUGAUAAUUAUAGUCUGUGGUCCAGUUUAAUCAAAUAGAACAAGUGCUCCGAAGGUGGUUCUGUAAUUUGUGGGUGGUAAUCGCAAUGUGUACAAUAGCUUUGGUUGUUUAAAAAUUGCUGCUGCAAGUGGUUUUAGGUUAGUUACAGCUUCAGCUGGGAACGUAUUAAUGAUGCUUCAUCAGCGACAGAUAAUUCACAGCCUUAUCAACACUGUUACCUGCCGACAAUGUAAUCCUGUGUUAAAUUCAAGACACAAUUUAACUUCUGGCCCAAGACUGCAGUCAACUGCAUUAUUUCCUCAUAAAAUACUGGACAACGGUGUUGGUGAUGAAUCAGCUGUGCCAUUGCCAAAGGAAGCUAAAGUGGUGGUUUGUGGGGGUGGAGUGAUGGGUGCAGCAGUGGCAUAUCAUCUGGCCGAAUUGGGGUGGGGACCACAGACUGUUCUUAUUGACCAAGGAAGGUGUGGUGGUGGAACAACAUGGCAUCUGUCAGGGUUGGUUGGCGUGUUCAAGCCAUCUCUGCCACAAGUAAAUUUAGCAAAAUCCAGUGUUCAGUUAUAUAAGGACAUGGAUGCAAGAGGACUGAAGACUGGCUGGAAGCAGUGUGGCAGUUUGUGUAUUGCUAGGACAAGAGACAGAAUGACUGUGUUCAGGAGAAUGAAGGCCCUGGCAGUGUCAUGGAACAUUGAUUGUGAUUUGGUUACACCUGGAGAAGCACAGAAGCUGUGCCCUUUGAUAGCUAUAGAUGAUAUUCAGGGUGGACUGUGGAUACCUGGUGAUGGCGUCGGAGAUCCGUACCAAAUCUGUCUUUCACUUAUUGCUGCUGCUAGAAAGGGAGGCAUGCAAGUUAUAGAGAACUGUGCUGUGCAGCAGAUCCUGAAUCACAAUGGUAAGGUUGUUGCUGUAGGCACAAACAGAGGGACAGUGGAAUGCCAAUAUUUUGUUAACUGUGGAGGUUUCUGGGCUCGCAAGAUUGGGAAAAUGAGUGAGCCUUAUGUUAAAGUCCCACUUCAUGCCUGUGAGCAUUACUACCUGCACACGAAACCAAUUCCAGGACUUGAUCCCAUGACACCAGUUGUAAGAGACCUGGAUGGAUAUAUCUAUUUUAGAGAGAAUGAAGGCUGUCUUCUUGCCGGAGGCUUUGAGCCUGUAGCCAAACCUGCAUUUGAAGAUGGUACCAUACCAGAGUCAUCAGCAGAACGUAUUCUCCCUGAAGACUGGGACCACUUCCACAUCUUGCUUGAACAGAUGCUGCAUCGAGUUCCAAGUCUUGGUGAUGCAGUACUUGAGCGGCUGUGCAAUGGACCAGAAGCGUUCUCACCUGACUGCAAGUGGAUAGUUGGUGAGGCACCAGAGAUUCAAAACUAUUACGUGGCUGCAGGCAUGAAGACCAUUGGCAUAUCAGCUGCUGGUGGUGUAGGAAGGGCCACAGCUGAGUUAAUUGUCAAUGGAUCUUCAUCAUAUGAUAUGUAUGAACUUGAUAUUAGUCGGUUUCUUGGUCUUCAUAAUAAUCGCAAGUUUCUCCGAGAUCGUGUCAGAGAAGUACCUGGUCUGCAUUAUGCCAUCAUAUAUCCUUUCCAUGAAUUCCAAACUGGAAGGAAUUUACGGAUGUCACCUAUAUAUCCAAAACUGAGGGAGGCAGGUGCAGUGUUUGGACAAGUUAUGGGCUAUGAGAGGCCAACAUGGUUUGACCCAGAUUAUGCAUCAGGGAAUGAUUCUGAUACAAAGAAUGGGCUUCAUCCAUACAGAAUAGCAUAUACAAAUACGUAUGGCAAACCUCCAUGGUUUGAAUUUGUCCGUAAUGAAUAUUCAGCAUGUCGGGAACAAGUUGGCCUCAGUGACUAUUCAUCUUUCACCAAAAUUGAUUUCUGGUCCAAAGGAACAGAGGUUGUUGACAGCUUACAGUACUUAUGCUCGAAUGAUGUGAAUAUACCUGUUGGAGGAAUAAUUCAUACUGGAAUGCAGAACAGGAAUGGUGGUUAUGAAAAUGACUGCAGCCUGGCAAGAAUUGCAGAAAAUCAUUAUAUGAUGAUAGCACCUACCAUUCAACAGACACGAUGCAAGGCGUGGAUCCAGAGACACCUCCCUACUGAUGGCUCAGUUUCAUUGUCAGAUGUGACUUCUAUGUAUACAGCGAUCUGUGUGAUGGGUCCAUUCUCCAGGGUCUUCUUGUCUGAACUCACAGACACAGAUCUCAGUCCAAAGUCUUUCCCCUUUUUUACAUUUAAGGAACUGGACGUUGGUUUAGCAAAUGGAAUUCGAGCAAUGAAUAUCACUCAUACUGGAGAACUUGGUUAUGUCCUGUAUAUUCCAAAUGAGUUUGCUUUGCAUGUAUACACACAGCUGAUAGAAGUAGGACAGAAAUAUGGCAUUCAACAUGCAGGCUACUACGCCAUGCGGGCACUUCGAGUGGAACGGUUUUUUGCCUUUUGGGGCCAAGACUUGGACACGACCACUACGCCUCUAGAGUGUGGACGCUCCUGGCGAGUCAAAUUUGAUAAAAACAUGGACUUCAUUGGACGUAACGCUUUGAUGAAGCAACGUGAUGAGGGUGUGAAACGAAUGUACGUGCAGUUGAUUCUUCAAGAUCAUGAUCAUGAGAUAGAUCUGUGGCCAUGGGGUGGUGAACCAAUCUACAGGAAUGGAAAGUAUGUUGGUGCCACCACUACGACAGGCUAUGGUUUUACGUUCAAGAAACAGGUUUGUCUGGGGUUUGUCCAAAACUUUGAUGAUAAAGGAACAACCCAAGUGGUGACACCAGAAUUUGUAACCACAGGGUCAUACGAGGUGGACGUAGCUGGGAUGCGAUUUCCUGCUAAAGUGAACCUCCAUUCUCCAAAUUUGCCAACACAAUAUCCCGAUAAGGAGAGACUGGCUUACAGAGCCACUAGAGACAUUAUCGACGACAUUGUGGUCAGUACACGCAGCAAGUGAACAUAGAAAUAUGGAAAUAUCCUCUUAUGUUCACAUAAACAGAUUGACUGCGUAAAAGAUAUUUCAUCACUAACUUGUAGUAGUGCAUGGUGACAUUGAAAUACUCAUUUUCUAACAAAUAUACACAUUCUAGUCCAUGUGCCUCUCUAGAUAAUAUUGCGGGAAGUCAUUUUUUAAAGGCACUUUUACGUGGUUCUGAUUCAAAAUGAGACCUGUUAAAGGAGAUUUUAAUUUUGGGAACAUUAAAAGGGAAGCAAAGCAGAAAAAUUUGGUGGAUAUCUCAACACUGGUGUUUGUUUUUUGACCAAAAAUUGCCGUAUUGUGUGUCCCGUGUUGGAAGAUGCGUUGCUACGAUGCAAAAUCUACUUGUCUAGCCAAGAGUUCGGUACUUUUCAGUUAAUGUGCUGUCAUAAACGUUCCAAAUGAUGAAUGUUGUUCACUGAUGGAUGAUUCCCUUUUUACUGAAUAAUCAGAUUAACAUGAUUUAUACAUUCACAAGAAAGAUUAAUAGAACUAGAACUCAUAGAAAUUGGAAUCCACAGUUUAUUAGCAUUUGUUAAAAGAGAAACAACUACAAUAGUUUAGCCAUAUUAAAAUGAUGAGUACUAAUAAGGACAUUAGAAUUUAAGUUUAUAGGGAAUAGACCCCUGGGAUGUCCCAGAACAAGAUGGUUCAUCCAGGUGCUGGAAAACUUGAAGAGAUGGAAAAACUGCAAGAAAUUGAAAGGGCUUUUCAUCAUUGUUGCUAGAAGAAAAAGAAUUUUGACUUUCACAUUUUUUUCACGUACGAAGACUCCGGACUUUUCUGUGACAUUUUGUUUCUGGGUCAUAUAGAAAGACCAAAGUCCAAACACCAGUCACUGCUUCUGAGAAAACGUCUUUUCAAAAGACACAAAACGCAGCGCUAAUAAAAUACUCAUUGCAACCACUAAACAUACUGAAUCUCCGCGACUGAUACAAAACUCCCGAAUCGUGGGUCAUGUGAUCACACAGGCACAAUCUCAACAGCGCCGCCGGUUGCUGCGCAGAGAAUCCGUCUGUCUGACCUCCUUUACGUCUCAGAUCCGUGGAUGUUGAUGGAUUUAUGUGUGUGGUGGAUACCUAGUGGUCUUCAGGUAAAACAUUAGGUUCUUAUGUAGAGGGUCUUAGGUUUAAUCCUUAAUUGGAGCUCAGUAAAGGUGUUUCUAUUCACAUCUGUCAAGGAUUUGAAUUGGGGAUGUGGAGAACGCUGUUUUCCAAUCAUUUUGGCCGUGGCUAUAAUGUGAUAAUGUGUUUUUUGUACAUGUGUCAUAAAUUACUAUUUUGUUUAAUGGUAAGCAAAUCUAUCUUUAACGUGUUUUGCAUUAUGUUUGUUGAGGCAUCUGAUAUAGUUGUUAUGAAAUGCCUGAUUUGUUGUUUAUGCUUGAUAAUUCAUUUUGUAUCAAUGGAUAUCAUUCUGUACCCCUCACAUAGAUACAAAUGCAUUGAAGUUUGCAGAAGGGAAUGCCAUGAGGACAUUUAAGAUUAAAAAUGUCUAUUCAACGCUGUAUAAAAAUUCUCACACUUACGUAGGAUUUGAGGUUUUCAUGGCGAUGAGUCCGAAGAUGGCUGUCUUCUGGGUUGUAUCGCCGUGUAGUCUGGAAGAAGUUUGCCGACCUCUGAAACGUCUGCAAACUUCUACCAGACUACACGGCGCAACAGCCCGGAAGACAGCGUUCUUCGGACUCACACCCGUUUGUAAUUUAUUAAAAGGCAACUUUUGACUGAUGGUGCAUCUUAUGAUGUGCUCUAUGUUUAUAGAAUGAUAUCAAGAUGUAUAUUUAACUUUAUUGUAAGUGGUACAUGUACUCCAAUUUGGAUAUAAUUUACAUUUAUCAACAAAUCUCUACAAAUGCAAAAUGUCGUCACAUGUCUUCGCUUAUAGUAUCGUUACAGACAGAAUUCCUUCAAUUAUUUUGGCUUAAGUAAUUAACUAUUCUUAUUUAGUCAUGUGACUGAGGUUUGAAUGUGAGUUGCAGUUUGAUAUUUGUUGUGCUGAUAAACGUUCAUAAUUAUUUAGAGGCCUUUGAAUGAUACAUUUUUAAAUUUGUAAGGGUAUUUUGUGAAAUUAUAUAUUGAUAUGUUGUCGUUUCAUAAUAUCUAGUCAUGAAUUACAGUCGGAAAGAACUAAAGUUUAUUACAAUUCUGUUACUGUGUAUAUUGACAUAAAGAAUGUUUUGAGUUGUAAUGGAUCUAGCCGUUGUUUAUGUGUUGUGGUUUAGCAAGAUAAGAUUUAUUUUUAGCGGUAAAAUAUUGUGAUGCAGAUCACAAAUAAAAGUAUGUUUGUAU